UGUUUGCCCGAGUUCCUGCUCUGUGCAGGGUCCAGCCCUCGCCGGGGCGCAAGAGCUGCGCUCGCCCGAGCCGGCGCUCCAGGAGUUAACACGCGUGAAUAAAACCCAGACCCGUACAAACCUGGGCAGGUUUCCUCCAGGCACGGGGCUGGGCAGCCUCAGGUCAGGUCGUCCUCGGUGUCCCUCGGGUGUCCCGAGCACGCCUCGGCACCCGCCUCUGUGCACGGCUCUGCAGACCUGCAGCGCCCGCUCGGUGAAGGCUGCCGGGCUCCAGCAACCGUGUCCAGGCAUUGCUGCGGCUGGGGACACCCCGUUGCCUGCGUCCAGGCUCGCCCCAGCAGCUUUGCUGCCUCCUCGUGCGGGGCCCGUCCUGGGGCAAGGGGACGAAGCCGCCAUCCCCCACCAGACCAAAGCCGGGCGAGCGUGGCGCAGCCGGUGAGAGGGACAAGUCCAGGGCCAGGUGCUGACGACUGUGUCUGGAGAGUUCAGCCAAAUCCGGCUGCGUGGGGCAGCUGGAUCUGCCUUGCCAGAACAAACAGCCAUUAAAGGCCAAAGCAGAGCUCCAGGCACACAGAUCUGUGCGAGGUGAGGCCGUGAAUUGCAAUAGAGAGAUGCAAAACUCAGAUGCUGCUGCAAUCCUGCUUCUCCUCCAGCAUGUCCCAGAGCAACCCGGCACCUGGCUCUCCCACCGGCACUGCCCAGUGCACGGGCUGGGGCUGGUCCUCCACGCCGGCCUCUAUAUAUACGGCAUGAACACGGACUGCACAGAAGGCUGUCGCUGAGCCGGAGCCGGUGCCCGAGGAUGUGGCUGUACCUGGCGGCGGUGCUGGCGGGGCUGUACCUGCUGUGGCGAUGGCACCGGGAGCGGCAGAUGGUGCCCAGGCUCUCGGAGAAGUACGUGCUGAUCACGGGCUGCGACAGCGGCUUCGGGAACCUGCUGGCGCGGCAGCUGGACGCGCGGGGGCUGCGGGUCCUGGCCGCCUGCCUGACCGAAACGGGGGCCGUGCAGCUACGGGCGGCCACCUCGCCGCGGCUGCAGACCGUCCUCCUGGACGUCACCUCCAGCCAGAGCAUCGCCGCCGCCACCGCCUGGGUCCGGGAGCGUGUGGGCGACCGAGGGCUCUGGGGGCUGGUGAACAACGCCGGGAUUGCCGUUCCCACCGCCCCUAACGAGUGGCUGACCAAGGACGACUUUGUCAAGGUGCUGAACGUCAACCUGGUCGGCCUCAUCGAGGUGACGCUGAGCCUGCUGCCCCUGGUGAAGCAGGCGCGGGGCCGGGUGGUCAACGUGGCCAGCGUGAUGGGCCGCAUCUCCUUUUUCGGUGGGGGGUACUGCAUCUCCAAGCACGGAGUGGAGGCCUUCUCCGACACCCUCAGAGGAGAGGAGCAGCGAGCCAAGGCCGAGGCUUGUGAAAUACCAACAUGGUUGCCCACAGGUGGGGAAACCGGGUCACAGCUGGAGCAGCCGUUGUGCAACCAGAGGAGGGGUUUCAAGAAACUCCUGAGCAAGGACAGGGCUCCCUGGGACCCACCUGGGGGACGAUGGGGUGCCCGGGGGGGGCACAGACUCCCCCUUGCCCCGCACGGCUCAGUCCCCCCCAGCCCCUGCUCAGCUCGGGAUGGCGGCUCUCUCCGCCGGGCUGACGGCCGCUCCCCGGCCAGGCGCGAGAUGCGCCCCUUCGGGGUGCAGGUCUCUGUCAUUGAACCCGGCGGCUUCCGGACGGGGAUGAUCGACCCCGUGACGGUGGUGAAGGGCUUCAAGCAACUCUGGGAGCGGCUCCCGGCAGAGACCCAGGCGUCCUACGGCCACCAUUACCUGGAGACCUGUGAGUACGUCCCUGCCUGGCCCCAGCACUCCCCGGUGACCCCACCACCGCCGGCGUGCCGGGCCGGUCUGACCCUCCUCUGCCCACCCAGAUGCCAAGAGCACCAUCCUGCUGCACCGCAUGAGCAGCUCCUGCCUGUCCCGCGUCACCGGCGUCAUGGCGCAUGCGCUGCUCGCCCGCUUCCCCCGCAGCCGCUACGCGGCCGGCUGGGACGCCCGGCUUGCUAUCCUGCCACUCAGCUACUGCCCGGCCUGGCUCACCGAUGCCACCAUCGGCCUUUUCCUGCCCGUCCCGGCCGGGGCCAUGCCCACACGGCCCUGAGGACGGCCGCCAGACCAGGGAUGCGGACACGGCACCCACGGGCACCCGCUCGUCUCAGGUCCCUGUUCAAUAAAGCUGGUGCAAAGCGAGGGGCUGCCCGCGGUGAACCUCAGCCGUGGUGGUGUCCGAGAGCCGCCCGGUGCUGCAUGACCCGCUCUGCCAGGGCAGCCGUGAUGCCGAUGGGGUCCCAGCCAGCCCGGCGGGACCCCGGCUGCCACCUGUGCCCAGAGCAGCCGCACGUCCGGGGAUGCCCGAGCUGCGGCGCGGGAUCGUCUCUGCCACCGCAGCCCUUCGAGAGGCUGGUGGCUGCGCCGGGGGGGUCCAGCUCAUCCUCCUGGUCAGAGGCAGGGGCCAAUCCGCACCUACCGGCAUGGCUGAUGGUGGCUGCGGGGCCAUCGCCGCACCGGCAGUGAUCUGGCUCCCCGUCGCUGCUGGAGGGACGCUGCUGCCUCCGGACGUGGUGAAAGAAGUUUUUCCCUUCAAGCCUGCUGCUUUCUGCAGCACCAGCCUCUGGGCCCUCGGGGCUCACAGCUCCCUCCCCGAGGAAGGGUGAGAGCAAUCGCUCUUUGCAAAGGUUCCCAAAGCCAGCUGCGCUCCACCCCAGCUUUGCCAGGAGCUGCCGGGACCCCCCCUUCUGCCGCAUCCCAGCUCUUCCCUGCAUUUGUGCAGCUCAGGCUGCAGGGGCUUUGCUCCUCAGCUCCCCAUCUCCUCCCUCGCUGCCGCCCAGGUAAACCCAAGAGCCGGCUGGAAAU